CUGCCCAGGCUGGGCUCCAAGUUGAAAUCCUCCCCGGCACCACCAUGCCUAGCUUAAAGUUUACCUCCUUCUGGCUUCCAUGGCCUCAUGAGUAAUUGGAUGAGAGAUAAAAUAUGUGGCUACUUUCUGCGCUCUUUCUAAUUUGCAUAACUAAUUUUUACCACAAAACAUUUCCCUGUGCCCUAUUUUCCUCGUUGCUUUGAUUUUCACUGACACCGCGUUUCCUAUUGCUAACGCCUGUUAUUUCUGGCUUUUCACUGUUGGCCUUGGGAAAAGAUACAGGGUUGACCCAGUGGGAGAUUGUCCUGAGUCAGGUCACAGUGGGUUAGAUUGAGUGUGUGGCCUCCUGUUGGGGACUACUUUUUAGAACAACAUUAGCUUUGAUGUAGUUCCAACUCUAUCUGAUUUAAUUCCUUACAUAACUUAUUAUCUUUAUCCCAUUCUAGUGUGUGUUUGUUAUUCUGGAGAAUAAAUAGAUGCUAAAGGCUUGAGAUAUAUAUAUAGAUAGAUACAUAGAUAUAUGUAUGUUUUGUUUUGGGGGUUUUUUUUGAGUCCCGCUCUUCAGAUCGCCUAAACAGUCUCCUAAGCACACUGGUCUUUGCCUGGUACUGAUGCUGUUGGAGUUAACUGUUUAUGCCUAACCUUGCUCUCAGGGCUUUAAUUACUACAUUUUAAUGGUUUGGCAACACUUACUACUAACAAAGAACAAUACAGGCUGGACUGCAAUUAAGUACCCAAGUGUGUGGCUCAAGGGUAAGGCUCACCAGCCUGGGAUAUAAGAAAGCCUAAGUGGCCGGGGAGGGGGGAUGUGUUCAUUCUGGCAGAAUCCCUUGUCCGUCUCUCACACACGUACACACCUUUAUCUCAGAGACACUUCUUUCUUUCCCCAAACUUGUUUGACUCCAGUCUUCCUCCCGUGUCCGAAAAUGGGGAGGGGCUGCCGCCUGCUUCUGCACUCGCACUGAUUUCGGCCCUGGCCGUCUAGGGGAGGUGCUGGGUGAACUACCCCAGUCCAGCUGCCGAGGACCCAGGUCCCCGACCCUGCCCUUUGCUCUCCUGUUUUUCAGUAAGUCCCGAGGCUCUGGAGUGCUCUGGAGGGCGGGCGUGGGAGUAGUCCUAGCGGAGGCUCUGUGGAGAACACUUUGAAAAAAGAUUGAAUUGUAUAACCCUAAGUGUGCUGUAACCCUAAGUGUGACGUAAUCAUGAGAGUGAUGUGUAACCAUAAGAUAUUAAAGUAGAACCUUAAGCGGUAUGGAACUGAUAAGGGUGUACCCCGAACUGGACAGUGUGAUAUGAUAAGAUGUGAUAAGUCUGAACCAAUACCACAAACGCCCAGUUAGAAUAGUAUAAAAGGAGCUGAAGACUCCAAGCAAGUCGUCGAUCCGUCCACCGACCAGUCGACCAGUCGAUCUGCUGAUCUGACUACCGACCGAGACAUCUGCACACCUGAUGACGCUGAGAGACGGAUAGCCUAGGGCCGACUCGACGCCCUUCGUCUACGGAUCGGACCCUCUGACCCUACGGGAGGAAACGUCGCGCUCCCAUAAGGACUUGCGCAGUACAGUUUCAUUUCGACGGACCCUCCUGCCUGGGCCGCAGCCGCCGCCGCGAUGCCCAGCAAGUUCAGCCGCCGGCAGCUCCGGGAGACGGGCCAGGACUUCCAGAGUUUCCUCCUCGAUCGGGGACUGGACAAGGAGACAGAUCGCGAGCUGCUGAGGACUAUUUAUAACCGAGACUUCAAGGCCAGCUCUAGGACUCCCACCCCUGGCUUCUCCUCCGUGCUGUAUGGAAUGAAGAUUGCAAAUCUGGCCUUCGUCAGCAAGACUCAGGUCAGGUUCUUCAGCCUUGACCGCUGGGCCGAUGUGGAGUUCCCAGAAAAGAGGAAAGUGAAGCUGGGGUCAGAUAUCAGCAAACACCACAAGUCACUGCUAGCCACAAUCUUUUAUGAUAGGGCUCAGUAUCUUCACGGGAAGCAUGGGGUGGAUGUGGAAGUUCAGGGGCCCCAUGAAACCCGAGAUGGGCAGCUCCUUAUCCACCUGGAUUUGAACCACAAGGAGGAGCUGACCUUGAGACUUCGGAAUGGAGGAACCAAGCCUGUUACCCUCACUCACCUCUUCCCACUGUGCUGGACACCCCAGUUUGCCUUCUACGAUGACCAGGAGCUGCCCUGCCCACUGGGCCCUGGUGAAUGCUAUGAGCUGCAGAUCCACUGUAAGACCAACUUUGUGGGGUACUUCCCAGCCACGGUGCUCUGGGAGCUGCUGGGCCCUGGAGAAUCGGAUUCAGAAGGAGCUGGCACUUUCUACAUUGCCCGCUUCCUGGCUGCUGUCGCUCACAGCCCGAUGGCUACACAACUGAAGCCUACAGCUCCCUACAAGCGCAUCCAGAUCACUAGAAACACUAUGGUGACCAACCGGAUAGAGGAAGGGGAGAGACCCGACCGGGCUAAGGGCUAUGACCUGGAACUAAGUAUGGUACUAGGGAGCUACCACCCACCACCCCGCCUCAGGCAGCUGCUCCCCAUCCUUCUUCAGAGAACAAGUACCUUCACUGCCCCAAAGGAGAUUGCUGAGAUCAAGGCCAAGCUGGAGACAAGCCUGAAGUGGAAGAACUAUGAGGUGAAGCUCCGGCUGCUGCUGCACCUGGAGGAGCUGCAGAUGGAGCAUGACAUCCGGCACUAUGACCUGGAGUCAGUGCCCAUGACCUGGGACCCCACUGCCUGGAACCCCAGGCUGCUCACACUGGAGGUUCCCGGUGUGACUGAGAGCCGCCCCUCAGUUCUACGGGGUGACCACCUGUUUGCCGUUUUGUCCUCUGAGACACACCAGGAGAACCCGGUCACCUACAAGGGCUUUGUGCACAAGGUGGAGUUGGACUGUGUCAAGCUGAGCUUCUCCACAAGCCUCCUGGACCGCUUUGUGGAUGGACUGACCUUCAAGGUGAACUUCACUUUCAACCGCCAGCCUCUGCGAGUCCAGCACCGAGCCCUGGAGCUGACGGGGCGCUGGCCCCUGGGGCCCAUGCUCUUUCCUGUGGCCUCUCGUGGGGUCCCUCUGCUACCCUCAGAUGUGAAGCUCAAGCUGUUUGACCGGAGUCUGGAGUCGAACCCAGAGCAGCUGCAGGCCAUGAAGCACAUUGUUAUGGGUACCACCCGCCCAGCCCCCUACAUCAUCUUUGGGCCUCCAGGCACUGGCAAGACCAUCACAUUAGUGGAGGCCAUUAAGCAGGUGGUGAAGCACUUGCCCAAAGCCCACAUCCUGGCCUGCACCCCAUCCAACUCGAGUGCUGACCUUCUCUGCCAGCGGCUCCGGGUCCACCUGCCCAGCUCCAUCUACCGCCUCCUGGCCCCCAGCAGGGACAUCCGAAUGGUGCCUGAGGACAUUAAGCACUGCUGUAACUGGGAUCCCAAGAAGGGGGAGUAUGUGUUUCCUGCCAAGAAGCAGCUGCAGGAAUAUCGCGUCUUAAUUACCACCCUCAUCACUGCCAGCAGGUUGGUGUCGGCCCAGUUUCCCAUCGACCACUUCACACACGUCUUCAUUGAUGAGGCUGGCCACUGCAUGGAGCCUGAGAGUCUGGUGGCCAUAGCAGGACUGAUGGAAACCAAGGAGACCGGAAAUCCAGGAGGGCAGCUGGUGCUGGCAGGAGACCCUCGGCAGCUGGGGCCUGUGCUGCGUUCUCCACUGGCACAGAAGCACGGGCUGGGGUACUCGCUGCUGGAGCGGCUGCUCACCUACAACACCCUGUACAAGAAGGGCCCCAAUGGCUACAAUCCCCAGUUCAUAACCAAGCUGCUGCGCAACUACAGGUCUCAUCCCACCAUCCUGGACAUCCCUAACCAGCUCUAUUACGAUGGUGAGCUGCAGGCCUGUGCAGACAUGAUGGACCGAGAACGGUUCUGCUGCUGGGAAGGUCUGCCUCGAAAGGGCUUUCCCAUCAUCUUUCACGGCGUAAUGGGCAAAGACGAGCGUGAGGGCAAUAGCCCAUCCUUCUUCAACCCUGAAGAGGCCGCCACGGUGACUUCCUACCUGAAGCUGCUCCUAGCCCCUUCGUCCAAGAAGGGCAAAAGCCGCCUGAGCCCCCGAAGUGUGGGUGUCAUCUCCCCAUACCGGAAGCAGGUGGAAAAAAUCCGUUAUUGCAUCACUAAGCUUGACAAGGAGCUUCGGGGUCUGGAUGACAUCAAGGACUUGAAGGUGGGCUCCGUGGAAGAAUUCCAAGGGCAAGAACGCAGCAUCAUCCUCAUCUCCACUGUUCGAAGCAGCCAGAGCUUUGUGCAGUUGGAUCUGGACUUUAACCUGGGUUUCCUUAAGAACCCGAAGAGGUUCAACGUGGCUGUGACUCGGGCCAAAGCCUUGCUCAUUGUAGUGGGCAACCCCCUUCUCCUGGGCCAUGACCCUGACUGGAAAGCAUUCCUGGAGUUCUGUAAGGAAAACGGGGGCUACACUGGGUGCCCAUUUCCUACCAAACUGGACCUGCAGGAGGGACAGAAUUUACUCCAAAGUCUGAGCAAGCUCAGCUCUUCUACCUCAGGUAUGGCUGGGCCAGGUGGAGGCAGUGCUGGGAGAUGUAAACAAACAAAGCACACUUCUUUCCUUCCAGGGCCCUGUGGUCGGGACUGCCUCGCCCAGGAGCAGGAAGGCGAAGGGCACCUGUCUCUGCAAGUGGAGCCAGAGUGGAGGAAUGAGCUCUGAAGAUGGCUGUCCACCCUCUCACACCACCCAGGCCUUAACCCCUGCAACCUGACCCUGAACCGGAACCCAGCUAAGCUGUCCCUCCAAGGGACAGGAAGGCUGGGGGAGAGAGUUUACAACCAAGCCAUUCCACCCUUUCUCCUGCUUUGGAGAACCAAGCUGCUAACAAUUGGGGGAGGGAAGAGGAAGAAAAAUUGAAAACAAAGUCUUGUUCUAUACAAAAGC